UUCUUUUUUUUUGCCCCACAGAUCAUCUUCUACGAGGACAGGAACUUCCAGGGUCGGCACUAUGAGUGCAGCACCGACUGUGCCGACCUGUCCUCUUACUUCAGCCGCUGUAACUCCAUCCGUGUGGACAGUGACUGGUGGGUGGCAUACGAGAGACCCAACUACAUGGGGUACCAGUAUGUCCUGAACAGGGGGGAGUAUCCUGACUACCAGCGCUGGAUGGGAUUCAAUGACAACAUCAGGUCCUGUCGCAGCUACCCACACAACCGAGGAGGCAACUACAGGAUGAAGAUUUACGAGAGGCCUGAAUUUGGAGGACAGAUGAUGGAAUUCAUGGACGACUGUCCCUCCGUCUACGAUCGCUUCCGUAACCGUGACAUUCACUCCUGCCACGUGAUGGAUGGUCACUGGAUCUUCUAUGAACAAGCCAACUACAGAGGCCGACAGUACUUCAUGAGACCUGGGGAGUACAGGAAAUACAAUGACUGGGGCGGAUACAACUCCACCAUCGGGUCUUUCAGGCGCAUGAGGGACUUCUAGUUCCUUUUUGCAAUGUAGAUUUUGUCAUGAUGAAAUAUGCAUAAACAUAAUAAAUUCUGUACUCAUCUAAAUUGAACCAUUUUGUAUUGUGUUUUGAAUUGCACAACAACUAUUUUAUGACAAUGAGUUGAUAAUAUCUGGUGGUCUAAAUUUUGAGCAUGGCUUUGAAUAUACAAAAACACUGUAAAAACACAGUAGUAAAUUCUUUCUUGACCAUUCCUCAACAUGGUAUUUAGUGUACAGGUUUCCUCCCCUCUUUUAUGAAAUCUCAUCCACAUGCUGGCCUUUCCCUUCACCUCCCAAUACCCAGUGUCACUUCAGCUUAGGUCUUCUCAAUUCCCCCACCUUCUCCCAAUUGUCAGAGUUCUCAUCCCACCAAAUACUCUCAAUCCAUCGUUUUUUUGGUCUGUGCCAUAAAUACCAUUUCCAAGCCUGUGACUCCACUCUGAUAGUAGUCUGAACAGCGACCUCAUUGGCUUCCUAUUGACUGAGGUGCACUCUAAUUCAUAUUUCUGCUGCAUGAAAUCCUAUUUUUGUUCUCCAGGGAAUCAUUGCAACUCCACCUGAGUUAACUGAGCUCUUUGGCUGCUGACGUUAUCACCCCCAUGCUAAUCACCAUUAGUUAUUCAGUGGGCCUGGGUCAUUCUGGCUUCUGACAACCAAGGGCCAUUACAAAUGGCUACACCUGUGUCCAUAUUCCGACCAGCUUUAUCACCCCUCACCACUCCCUGCCCAGCUGGUCAAUGAGCAGCAUUGUCUACUCAUUAAGCAGCUCCUCCAUCUAACGACUCUCCUUCUUUUCAGUUGCCUUGCCCAGCCAGGCUUCCAUCAUCUCCAGCAACCCUAGGCUAUUGACACUCUUCCCCUUCUGGUCUUUCCAGCAUCCCGAAUCUCAAUUGCUGCACUACAAGACAGGAGAAUGGGGUUAGAAGGCAGAGAUAGAUCAGCCAUGAUUGCCAUAGAGGGAGUGCAGAGAAGGUUCACCAGACUGAUUCCUGAGAUGUCAGGACUGUCUUAUGAAGAAAGACUGGAUAGACUUGGUUUAUACUCUCUAGAAUUUAGGAGAUUGAGAGGGGAUCUUAUAGAAACUUACAAAAUUCUUAAGGGGUUGGACAGGCUAGAUGCAGGAAGAUUGUUCCCGAUGUUGGGGAAGUCCAGCACAAGGGGUCACAGCUUAAGGAUAAGGGGGAAAUCCUUUAAAACCGAGAUAAGGAGAACUUUUUUCAGACAGAGAGUGGUGAAUCUCUGGAACUCUCUGCCACAGAAGGCAGUUGAGGCCAGUUCAUUGGCUAUAUUUAAGAGGGAGUUAGAUGUGGCCCUUGUAGCUAAGGGGAUCAGAGGGUAUGGAGAG